AUGGCCUCGGAUUUGAAAGCUGGCCGUCGGCGGGCAACAAGCAGCGCAACCAGACCAGCACAUGUGAGACGAAAGUCCAGAGCAGUCAUUCAGCCAAAGUCAACACAUACAUCAGAUGAAUUCCUUCAGGACUUCUUAGACCCUACUUUCGACCCUGCAACUUUCCUCAACUCGGCUUUGCCUCCGCUGCAGCAACGUUCCGUACCUGGGCGGGCGGGUUCGGAUAUCGCAUCCCUCGCUGAGCUGUCUACACAAGCGCAGAACCUCAUCUCACAGCUAAAUGCGCAGACAUCACGGCUGUCGACUACUCUCACGCACCUCACCGAUGACAUUCUGAGAAGUGGGAGCCGUCUAGCCUACGAGGUAGAGCUACUACGGGGUGAGACGCUGGGUCUCCAGGAAACUAUGAAUGAGACGCUUCAGGACGAUAUCAAGAAAUUCGUGCCUGAAGGGCUACAUGAAGCCAUCGAGGCCAAGAAUGCUGCUGCAGCCGCAGCUAAAGAGGACAGGAGUGCGGCACCGUCAACAACAGCUGCAGCCUUUACCAGUGACGCAGCGAACCCAGAUGACCCUGAGUUUGUCAAACAACUACAAACGUUGACCCUCGUGAGAUCCCGGUUGGAUUCAGUUAUAAAAACCUUCGGAGAUGCUAUGGAAUUUGUGUUCCCGCCAUCAGAGGUAUCAGUCAGCUCAGGCUUCUUAUCGGUAUCAGCACCCGAACCUGGUUCAGCACAACAGAGCUCAGAGGAAAAGGGCAAACAAGUGCUCAAGAACAUCCGCAACGAGAUAUCAGAGCUACUGGACAACUCUGACGAUCCUGUGCAAGGAAUAGAGACGGCCGCGCAGAGAAUUGAGCAGCUCAAGGAGCUAUCUCAAGUAUGGAAGGACACGGCAGAGGAGAAGGGAAGAAACAGGUUUAUAGAGGGCCUUGCCAAGAUGGUUGAGGAUAAGCACCGGGACUUGAUGAAGGAGAUGGAGCAGGCGACAAAGGAUAAGGGUAGAGUGGAAUCACGACCACGGAAAGGAAGUGUCACGAGAGAUGCAGCAUCGUCAUCGUCAGUAGCAGCAGCAGCAACUGUGGUAGAGGAUACAAAGUCACCUGGUGGGUUUGGCCUCAUUAGUCAGUUGCACAAGCUUCGAGGAGGACUGUGA